AUGAUCAAAUUGCCUCUUCAGCAUCAACAACAGCAAUUUUCAUCAUCAUUUUCACAUAGAACCGACUCGACAUUUUCUCCCAACAAUGCAACUACUAAAACCUGUUCAUCCCCAUCCACCACAACAUCCAAGAUGAUGAACAAGGUACGAGUUGUUUCUCGUGUUCGUCCAUUACUCUCCGAUGAAUUUGAAAAAUCCAACUUUAAAACAUGCCGAGUGGCUUCUAGUAGUAAUAGUAGCACUACCACAAGUAGUAUGGUCAAUGAUACUCCUAAAUCACCUCCUCAUAAUCUCGUCUUUAUGAAAGAUCCAAGAAAUCCCGGAGAUGAAAUUAAAUUUGAAUUUGACUCGAGUUAUGAUGAAGAGGCUACACAGAAUGAAAUCUUUCAACAUGAAAUUCUACCCAUAUUACCAUCCCUCUUUGAAGGUAUAAACACGACUGUAUUUUGUUAUGGAAUGACCGGAAGCGGCAAAACAUUUACCAUGCAAGGAGGAGAAACGGUUGAAAACAUGGGAAUUAUUCCACGUGUGGUUCAACAAUUACUCUUUCAAGUUUCCAAUCGGCACUACAAUGAAUCAGAAUGUAAACUCUCCAUGUCCUAUCUUGAAAUUUAUAACGAGAAGGUCCAUGAUUUACUUGUCGUUCCUUCUUCAUCCAAAAUUUCAUCUUCUCCUUCUUCUUCUUCUUCUUCAACAACAACAACAACAAUAACUCCAUCAUCUCUUGUAGAUAACACUUCAUCCUCCUCCCCUGCUUUUAAAGAUCUCCCCCUUCACGAAGAUAAAAACAAGAACAUCAUUGUGAAAGGACUUGGUUCCAAAACCAUCUCAACCUACGAUGAAUUUUGUGAAUGGUUCUAUCAAGUGGGUAUGAAGAAUCGUAAAGUAGCUUCCACAAAACUCAACGAUCGAUCUUCACGUUCCCAUGCCAUUCUCACUCUCACCGUCAAGAAGAAGGAUGAAAAAACAGGUCAAUGGUUCACUGGAAAAAUCAAUCUCAUUGAUUUGGCAGGCUCAGAAGACAAUAGAAAAACCGGUAAUACUGGUACUCGACUUACUGAAUCGAGUAGUAUCAACACCUCUCUUUUCAGCUUGCGUAAAGUUGUGGAUCAACUCAAUUCAGGCACCCAAAAAGUUUCAUAUCGAGACAGUAAACUCACUCGACUCUUGCAAGAUUCAUUGGGAGGUAAUUCUCAAGCCAUCAUGAUUAUUAACAUUUCUCCCUAUACUGAACAUUAUAUGGAUACCUUCAAAUCUCUACGUUUUGGAAUGAAAUCUCAAUCCAUUGUAAAUAAGCCAACCAUUCAUACUAGUUAUUUCGAGAAUGAGGAAGAACGAGCAAAGCUUGAAAACAUGGCAAAUAUUGGAUAUGGGGCAGAUCGAGAGACUCAACUCAAACUUCUUCAACUCGAGAAGGAGAAGCAUUUGAUGCAACGUAAAAUUGGUGUUCACACUUCGAAAAGUCUCUCAUAUUCGGAUUUGAUUCAAGUCGCUACGAAUUUUGCAACGAAAGAGGAUUUGGAAAGAGCUCAAGCAGAUUUGAGACAAGGAUUGUUGGAUCCAAUGUUGAUCAAAAAGAGUAUUUCAUUACAGGAUGAAAUUCUCGAUCGAUUGGCAAAAUUGGAACAUUUUGCAUUGACUCAACAAGGGAGUUCUGUUGCCUUACCAAAUUUACAGAGCAUUCAAACAGAACUUGGUCACAAUUCACCACAGAUGCAAUCUUCUCCUCUUGCACAACUCGAUGACAUUUUGGACAUGAAAAAGAGACUUUAUUCCAUACUGUCAGAGAUUGAUUCCAAGAGCUCCUCUCCGCCACCUUUGAAUACUCAGUCUUCUUCUCCGUUUUCUAAUAAUACUCCAACAUGGUCAUCAACAAGCUCAACAACACCUUCUUCCAGCAAGUUAGAGAACAACACUUUGAGCCAUGACAAGUUGUCGUAUUCAACACCACGAUCUGCCCAAUCAUCAGCCACUCCUUCAAGUCGCAGAAGUAACACCUUACCCACACCACCUCUCUUUUCCAAAACUAAGACCACUAAGACAACUCUUAUUGGAUCGACCUCAACCACUCCACUUCACUCUUCUCCAAACAAACCCUUUUUUCAACCUCCCAAAAUUCGUGCUCAAAAAAGUUUCGAAAAGCCAAAUCUCAUUGGUAAAGUGACCACUCCUCUCAAAUCUUCCGUAACCUCAACAACCUCAACAACCUCAACGCCAACAACAGCUUUGAAAGAAGUUUCAUCAUUGAAAAAAUCACAAGUUUCUACUACUACUACUCCUGCAGGAACUCUCGCUCGUACACCACUCGCCAAUAUUACGAACCACACCACCACCACUACGACGACGAAUGGAGCAAUGAUGCGUUUGACUACGACGCCUUCUCCUUCAGCUUCAACAUGUACGAUUGGAAAGGCAACAACGAGUAAGGUAACACCAAGAAAAGUAUUCGCGGAUACACCAAAACAAAAUCAGGCCAUAGUGUUGGAAAAGGCAUCCUCUUUGGAACAUUUGAAACUAAAGCACAAACCAAGUAAGAAACCCUUGUCAUCCUUAACAACACCGACAACAAUGAAAAGUAGUUCUACCGCCACCACACCUCCUUUGUCAGUGAAUCAUCAUCAGAAACAAGUAGCAUCUGCCUCUAGCAAUAAGCCAAAUUCUCUCGAUUUUAACAUGACAGUCGGUUCCAUUUCUCCAAUUAAGAAUCGGGACCAUGUCUUGAAGGACAUGACACUUCUCUUUCCUGAGAAUCACAAUAUUCAACAAAUAUUGUCGAGUCUUGAUCAUGUAACUACGGAUGACCUAUUUCCAAAGAGCUCUACCGAAAUCAAGACGUGUGAAACUGGCUCAUGUGAAGGUAUCAAGCAACCAACGGAUGAGAAUUCAAACUUGAAAGAAUCUAAUUGUAAAAACCAACAGGUACAAAUCCCAACGAACACUCAAGUCGAAUUAGUUCUAUCUACAAAAAAUCCCUCAAUCAAGAGAAAACGAUUCGAUUCAGAUGAUGAAAGCAAAGAAUGUACAGCUUCAUUGGAGAAGGCAUAUACCGAUGACGACAAUCGCAAAAACAAGGUUCUGAUCAAUGAGGACAACAUGGCAAUUCCAACAGGUAAGGCAAGCAGCACUCGAGCUUUAAAAACCACUCGGAAAAAAGUGACCAUCAAAGAAAGUGAUGAAGAAGAGCAAGAUAAUACCUCUUCAGAUACUGAAGAAAAACAUAACACGUUCAAACCCAAGCUCACAAGAAGGAGAGAAAAGAAAUCGAAUCGUGUUUGUAAAAUUUAUGAUAAUGUACUUCUUCUCGAGAAGAGUGAAUUUGCUUUUGUCUCUCCUCCAAUGGAAGGCAGUGGUGUGGCAACAGACAAGUCCAGGGACAACAAGUUUUCACUUGCACGAGAAUAUAUCAAACAAGCCAAUACUCUCAAAAAAGAAGGAAAUCUUGAGAAUGCUCUCGAACUAUUCGAAAAGGCUUUACAACUCAUACCAAGUAAUGAAAAGUUAAAGCAAAAGAUUGCCAAACUCGAAAAUGCUCUUAAGAAUUCUAUGGUCUUGACUGGAGAAGAAGAAGAAUUUCAAUUUAAUGAUGACAAGGAUGAUGUUGAAAUGGUCGAUUCCAUGUCACAACAACAAGAAUCAUCGAAUGACACCGACAAGUUGUCAAGAAGCGAUACCACCACAAAUGAAAAAUCCACACAAGACAAAUUACUUGAUUACCUUAAUGACACCAAUAAUGGAAUGAAGCAACUCAAGAAACUUGCCACCAUUGGAGACAAGAAGGCAGAGAAAAUUAUGGAAUGUCGACCUUUCAAAACCAUUUCAGAAUUAUCGAGAAUUGGAUUUGGAGAGAAGGGCAUUACAACCUUCAUUGAAAAGAAUGAAAAAUUCAUUUCUGAAUUGGAUGAGUGA